AUGCGUCCCCUGCUGUCGGUCGACAAAGCUGCGACGCCAAAACAUUCUACUCCCAGGCGCUCGGCACCAGCUGCAGCUUCUGGUACCCCAGACACCUCCCGCAGCACACUCUCGAAGACAUCUAGUAUUGGACUGAACAAUCUCGGUGGCCAAGCUCCUCUGACUCCAGUCAGCGCUAAUCCGACAAUAAACAGACGCAAAAUUGCCAGCUCUAUAUUGACUCCUGAUGUACCGCUCUCUCACGCGAUUGAUCUAAGUAGCGAUGAGGAAAAACCAGCGGCAGGUUCUUCCGCUGGCGGCGCGCGCGAACGACGUCGCAGCAACUCUGAUCUCUCUCCUCGAAAAUCUCCCAGCAAGCGAUUGCGGCAUCUACCAAACUCCGAAGAUGCCAUACGAACUCCGAUAUCUACAGUGAAAAAUCCUCGACAUCUAGAACAGCAGGGCUCCGACGAGCCAGAAAUAUCUGUUGUAUUCGAGCGAUCACUCAGCGUCGAGUCUCAAAUUCAGGCUACAGGCGAGGAUGAAUAUGAGGAUUUCGACGAUGAUUCCUACGACGAUGGUACCGGAUUUGUGGUUCCGGACUCGCUAGACCCAGAUCAUGUGGCUGCAAAAUCUGACGAAAAGACCGAGAAGGACUUGAACGGCUUAUUCUCAGAUUCCGACGGCUCAGAGUCGGAAAUCGUGCCAUUGCAGGAGCCUCCUCAAAAACAGAGGAAGGGGCGACCACAGCCUAACAUAUACGCCUCGAAAAGAAUAACUGAGUUUGUCGCUCCUCCGGUACCGGAAAAGCCGCAGAAUAAGAGGUCUUCUGUCGGUCGCGCUUCCCCGGAAGAUCCAAAAACUAAUGUUUCCAGCACUUCGAUCAAUACUACCGAUGAUCAGGUUCAUAGCACUCCAAGCCAUGUCCCCGGAUCUCCAAUGCAUUCGUCGUCUUCAGAGCGCUCUUUCAACAACAGUACAUCUAUGAGCGAACCAAACUAUGACGAUUAUUUCGAAGGCAUGACCAGCAACGAGCUGACAAACGAGAUCAUUGUGAUUUCGAACGGUCUUAUAGACUUAUUGAAAGAACGUCUGCUUACUGAAGAAAAUACGAAUCUCUCAGCGACAGUCAAGGCCGCCAGACGUGCACUGAAGGCCCCGGAGUUUGCGAAACUCAGCAGACUACAUGAACGCGGUCUUGAACUACUCGAAGAGCUCAAGAAUAGCGGCUUGACUGUUGUGCAAUCGGCCAAUCAGAAAUCUCAACAACAUGGUGAUGUGCUUCCAAACUCGGUGACAAACCAACAUGUGUCCGCGUACUCUGAAAACUUCCAAGCCUCUGACAACACAAGGAGAGAUGACAUUUACAUGAAUGAUCUAGUUCCGCUUCCGGAACCGGACAUCAACUUUGAUGUCAGAGAGACUCGUGAACAAUACAUAUCCGGCAGCUCAUAUAGCGGGUACAAUGGUGUUGAGGUCACGACGUAUGAAGCGGCAGCACGAGAGGAGGAGGCCACGGUCAGCAAAUACUUUGGAUAUGAGCGGGAGAGAUUCGAGACGCGACAGCUAUCGCCUGUGCAAGAGGUUGAUGCAGCUGUUGAGACGCGGAGUACCCCGAAUGAUUACUACAAUACGGAUUCAGGCUAUGAAGACAUCGCUGAUGAAGACAUGGACAAUUUCUUCAAAGAUCCAAUUCUGAUUGAUGAUGAUGCACGCGGAGAGUACAUAAACCCAGCGAAGCAAAUGACUCACGGUGGUGUGUACGAUAGAAGCGACAAAGAGAUGCAGUAUCCCUGGUCAGAAGAAGUCUGCCAGGUGCUAAGCAACGUUUUCAGACUUCCAGGGUUUCGAAAAAAUCAGCUUGAGGCUAUCAACGCGACUCUCUCCGGCAAAGACGUGUUUGUUUUGAUGCCGACGGGAGGCGGUAAAUCUCUCUGUUAUCAGCUACCUGCGCUAGUUUUUGGCGGCAAAACGAAAGGCACCACUAUUGUUAUUUCACCCCUGAUUUCGCUCAUGCAAGAUCAAGUCGCUCAUCUGAUUGAGAAAGGAAUACGCGCAGGCAUGAUAAACUCAAGAGGUGAUCUUGAUGACAGAAAGAGUAUGUUCAGACUACUGAACAGCGGCGAUCUCUCGCUGCUGUACAUUUCGCCUGAGAUGCUCAACACCAGUGGUCAGCUCAAGAGCUCGAUAUCCCGACUGCACUCUAAUGGACAGCUUGCGCGGAUUGUGAUUGACGAGGCGCAUUGCGUGAGUUCAUGGGGACAUGAUUUCCGCCCGGAUUACAAGGAACUCAAGAUGUUUAAGCAGCAGUAUCCUGAUGUGCCAAUGAUUGCAUUAACGGCAACUGCCAAUGACCGUGUACAGCUUGAUGUGAUGCAUAACCUUGAGCUUAAGAAUCCUGCGGUUUUCAAGCAGAGCUUUAAUCGCCCGAACUUGUUCUAUGAGGUCAGGGAAAAGAGCAAAGAUGUUCUACCGGAAAUCAGAGACCUGUUGACAGUUAAAUAUCCAGGAAAAUCGGGUAUUAUCUAUUGCCAUUCGAAGAUGUCGUGCGAGCAAACUGCGAGCAAACUCCAGCAGUUUGGACUUCGGGUGACGCACUACCAUGCGGGAAUGACACCCGACGAGCGCAUGGACGUGCAAACGAAAUGGCAAGAAGGAAGCCUGCAAGCUAUAUGCGCUACCAUUGCGUUUGGCAUGGGUAUCGACAAAGCCAAUGUACGGUUUGUGGUGCACUACACUUUACCGCGGAAUUUGGAAGGAUAUUAUCAGGAGACCGGCCGUGCUGGACGCGACGGGCUGUAUUCUGAAUGUAUAUUAUAUUAUGCUUACCGCGAUGCGAGCACGAUGAUGACGAUGAUUGACCGCGACGAAUGCGACUUCCAAACGAAGGAGAAGCAGCGCUCGUUUUUGAAGCAAGUUGUGCAAUACUGUGAGAACAAGACUGAUUGCCGUCGCUUGCAAGUUCUACGGUAUUUCAACGAGACAUUUGAUAGUGCCGAGUGCCACAAAUCUUGUGACAACUGUCGAUCGUCAAACUCUACCGACUACGAGGACCGUGAUGUGACAGAGGUUGCGAAGAACAUUAUACGGGUGGUUCGCCAGCUUCAGAAUGAGAAUGUGACGAUGCUAUACUGCAUGGACGUGUUCCGGGGUGCAAAGACCGCCAAGAUCCAGAACGCAAACCACGAUGGUAUCGAAGGGUACGGUGCCGGGAAAGGUCUGGACCGCAUAGAUAUCGAGCGGAUAUUCCAUCAUCUUGUGACUGUAGACGCGUUGAAGGAGAUGUCAUCUGUCAACAAGGCCGGCUUCGCGUCCUCAUACCUCAAGACUGGAGGUCAAGCGAGCGCGUUCUUGUCUGGACUUAAGAAUCUGACGAUGCAGUUUCCCAAGAAAGGAACGCGACCAAAGACGACCACACCGCGUGUCAGCGCAUCGUCUCGAGCAGCAGCCGGCUCUGCAUCGGCACGGCCCAAGAGUUCAGCGAAAGCAGUAAGAGCGACGACCAAAGUAGCGGCAAGAGGGCAGUUUCGGAAAUACAGGGGAAAACCGUAUCGACGGCGGACCCAGACGGUGUAG